GUUCUCAACCUCGAUCCAUCCAUUCCCAAUUGUUAAAUCCCAUUUCUCACCAUACUAUAUAUAUAUAUAAAAGCACACAGAAUCAAUUAACCGCUGUUACCGAGCUUUUUGGUUGUCAAUGGCGACAUAGAGCUGUUGCUUUGAUUCGAAUCUACGCCACGCACUACAUUCAACACUUAACCAACUGGUUGAUCUGAAGAUCUUUCUGCUGGCGUUUACUUGAAUUGUAAAGAGUUUGUGUUUGGAAUUUGGAAAAUUGAGGGUGAUUGUUUGCUCGAUCUACUUUAGUUGUAUCGGUUGCGUGGUUUUAUGGCAAUUUCAGUGGUUCUCUGACAUGAGAUUUUUGAGUUUGAUGUUACGAUAAUGUAACCGUCACGAGGUUGGUUUCGAAUAGAGGGAUAACUUCCCUAUACCACUGUUUACUUGACGAUAAUUCGGUGAGCUUUGAUGUUAUGGUAGGCUGCCAUUUUCAUAUCUCGUGUGAAGUUAAGGUCAAACAUUAGUUUUGAUUAAACCAGUGGGUGGAAGCAGGCUGAUAGAUUUGGAUAUGAGAAGACCUUUAUUCCAUAAGUUUUCCUUAAUUUUCGGCCCUAGACCGCCAUGGAAUUGGCUGCUUCUGUGUUUUGUUAGUGUUUCUGCACUUAUUGUUUUGUUUGGUUCUUCUUCUUCUAGCGCCUUUGACUCUGUCACUUUUAGUAUAAAAUCGGACAUUUAUACAAACUAUAGAAGAUUAAAGGAACAAGCAGCCAGUGAUUAUUUGGAGUUAACGAGUUUAUCCACUGGGAGUAGUAGUCAUCUUAAGGAGAUUAGGCUUUGUGGCAAGGAAAGAGAACAUUAUGUUCCUUGCUAUAAUGUGUCUGCGAAUCUUUUAGCGGGGUUUAAAGAUGGUGAGGAGUUUGAUAGGCAUUGUGAACUAACACGAGACCAAGAAGACUGUUUGGUUCGUCCUCCAAGAGACUAUAAAACUCCCCUGAGUUGGCCACUUGGUGGAGAUGUGAUAUGGAAUGCAAAUGUGAAGAUUACUAAAGACCAAUUUCUUUCUUCUGGGAGCAUGACUAAAAGGUUAAUGCUACUGGAAGAGAAUCAAAUUUCUUUCCACUCGGAUGACGGGUUAAUCUUUGAUGGCGUCAAAGAAUACUCCCACCAAAUUGCAGAGAUGAUAGGGUUGAGUAGUGAUGCGGAAUUUCUUCAAGCUGGUGUACGCACAGUACUUGAUAUUGGUUGUGGGUUUGGUAGCUUUGGUGCUCAUUUGCUCUCAUUGAAACUAAUGGCCGUCUGUAUGGCUGCAUAUGAGUUAACGGGUAGCCAAGUUCAAUUAUCUCUUGAAAGAGGUCUUCCAGCAAUUAUUGGCAACUUCAUUUCAAGGAAACUUCCAUUUCCUUCAUUGUCGUAUGACAUGGUUCAUUGUGCACAAUGCGGUAUCCUAUGGGACAAAAAAGAUGGAAUGUUUCUUAUUGAAGCUGACCGGAUUCUCAAGCCUGGAGGCUACUUCAUUUUACAUGGAAGCUCAUCAAGUACAAAGAAGGGAAGCAUGGCUAGUCCUAUCGAAGAAUUCGCUCAGAAGAUCUGCUGGACGUUUAUAGCUCAACAAGAAGAAACGUUCAUAUGGCAGAAAACUAUUGAUGCCCUAUGCUACUCAUCCAGCAAGCAGGGUGUCAUUCCACCUUGUAGAGGACAGGAGGAUAUUCAGUCCAGUUAUCAGCCACUUGCUCCUUGUAUAGGAGGGACUGCCAGCAAACGCUGGAUUCCCAUUCAGAACAGGUCUUCGAGUUUUCAAAUAAGCCCUGCUGAGCUUGAAAUUCAUGAAAUUCAGCAGGAUGAAUUCUAUGACGACUUUGAGUCAUCACGGUUAGCUUUGAGAAAUUAUUGGUCUUUACUUACACCCUUGAUCUUUUCUGAUCAUCCGAAAAGGCCUGGGGAUGAAGAUCCUUUACCUCCAUAUAAUAUGAUACGGAACGUGAUGGACAUGAAUGCUCGUUAUGGAGGUUUGAACGCCGCGUUUUUAGAAGCAAAAAAGUCGGUAUGGGUGAUGAAUGUGGUGCCUACUGGGACCCAUAAUACACUUCCACUCAUACUCGAUCAGGGUUUCGCUGGCGUUUUGCAUGACUGGUGCGAACCCUUCCCAACUUAUCCACGCACAUAUGACAUGGUUCAUGCAAAUGGGCUCCUCUCGGACUUCAUUUCAAAGGGAUGCAGCAUGAAAAGCUUACUUUUGGAGAUGGAUCGUAUUCUACGCCCUGAGGGUUGGGUUGUUCUUUCGGAUAAGGUGGGCCCUAUAGAGAAGGCACGAAUGAUUGCUACACAAAUACGAUGGGAAGCCAGGGUAAUCGAUCUUGAAAAUGGCAGCGAUCAGAGACUACUUGUAUGCCAGAAGCCAUUUCUAAGAAAAUGAAUUAUAAAAGGCCUUCUAUCUAACCGUCCGAUCUCAUAUUCAUAUAUGAAUGAUGCAAGAAAUUCAUGAAAUUGCGAUGCGUACUGGACGCAAGUCAGGUGACAUGAUUUCCAGGCAUGUUGUAUUACUAUUUUUAGUAAGAGAAGUAAAGAAAGGAGAGUUGCAAGAUGUAGAAUAGAGAAAGUUUUGUUACGCCGCGCGGUUUGAAUCUUUUUUUCUUUUGAAAUACUUCCAAAGCAAUUCGUUACACCAUAUGUCUCGUGCUUUCGUUGUUGUUUUUCGUUCAUUUUUUCGAGCGGAAAUACGUUAUGUAUCGAAACAAACAUAUCUUGAGAAAGGUAAGGUGUGUCCAGUUAUAUAAUGUGUGGAAUGUGAUAUUCAA